AUGGCCGGUAUUGGUGGCCUGCUGGACAGCCUACGUGCCGACGUAUCUCUAGGGACCCGGCCCGCUGCGGGGCAGGAGGGCGAUGAAGAAACGUACAUUACCGCCGUCUGGGAUGCGCUCUGCAGGCAUCGGCAUCUGGAGACCAUCCUGAACCAGUUGCUAGACCGGAGUGUCCCAGGGGCCUGUCCGGAUCACGAGCGCGCCCUGCGCCACAAGGACGCCGGCAACUCCUUCUUCAAGGCUGGGCUGUACGAGGACGCAACGAAAGAGUAUGACGAGUGCCUGCACUGGCUGGACGCUCGGGCCUGGCCCGUCCAGGCCGCCCAGGCCUACUCCAACAGGGCCCUUUGCUGGCUGAGGCGGGGGCAGGCCACGGCGGCCGAGGAGGAUGCCGGCCAGGCCCUCACCCUGGACCCAGCCAAUGCCAAGGCGGCCUUCCGCCGGUCCAGCGCCCGCAUGGCCCUUGAGGACUGGCCGGGGGCACUGGUGGAUGCGCUGGCAGCACAGGCAUCUGCGCCCGGGCCGGAUGUCGAGGCGGCCGCCAGCGCGCUGGCCGGCCUGGCCUGCGGCACGCACCUGUUCAGCGCCGAGGAGAGGCUGGUGGCGGCUGCGGCGGCCUGCCUGGCCGCGCUGUGCUGGGCCGGGGCCGAGGGCAGGAGCCUGAGGGCCGAGGACGAGGCUCCACUCCUCGGCCUGGCGACAGCAGUGUUCCGCGCCUCGGGCCAGGUGCGGCUGAAUGCCUUUGGGCUGCACCCACCCUGGAACUCGGGGCGGGACACGGCCUAUGCCCAGGCGGUCUACCCCACCGCCAGUCUGGCAAACCAUGCCUGCCGGCCGAGCAUCUCCGUAUACUUUGAUGGACUGACUCUCUGCAUGAAUGCAGUGGCUGCAACCUCAGCUGGCACGCCGCUCUGGCACUGCUAUGGCGCCAGCGCGGCAGCCAUGAGCCGGCCGCAGCGCCGGGCCAUCCUGGAGGGCACCUACGGCUUCCGCUGCGCCUGCCGGGACUGCGUGAAUGGCAGCGAAGAGGAGGACGCCGAGCUCACGGGGCUGCGCUGCCCCUUCACCCCCGGCUGCACAGGGUCCGUGCUGGUUCCCACCCGCCUGCCCGCACGCCUGACCUCCGCGUGGGAGGUUCCUGCCGGGAGCGGAGUUUGCAGCCGAUGCAGGAAGGAUGGCACCGAUCCAGCUCACCGGACCAGCCUCGAGCGGGCAGUCGGGGCGCUGGCGGGCGUGGCCCGCCAGGUGGAGGCACUGGAGCUCCACAUGGCGGGGCUGGCGGAGAGAGGGGCCUGGACUCACCCCGAGGUGGAUGAGGCGGUCCAGUCGCUGCGCGAGGGAUUGCAGGUGCACUGGCGAUGCCUCCCCCGCCGCAGCCUCGCCAGCGUGCCCCUGCUCAAGUACCUGGCGCGCUUCCACCUGGCCCGCGGCGAGCGCGGCGACGGCACGGCGGCCGUGCUGUGCACGCUGAGCACCCUCAGGGCCCGCUUCCCCCGGGAAUCCUCAGAGGGCGCCGCUGCCACGGCCGAGGCGGCGGCGGCGCUGGAGGCGGUGCGUGGCGCGACGGGGGCCGGUCCGACAUCACCCGCGCUCAGGCGCCACGCCUACCUGGAGGGCACGGGCCUCGGCGGCCGGGCAGCCGAGGCCCUGCUCCAUGAGCUGGAAGACGCUCGCAGGCUCCCUGAUGCGACGUCGGAGCUGGCGGUGUGGUUUGGAGAGGGGGGGGCAGGGGCCCUGCUGGACCACAUCCGCGCCCUAGUGGGGCUCUCUCCUCAUGCUCGAGCCACAAGCAGAGCUGGAGACUUUGUCUGA